CUGGCCCCACCUCGCAGCCCCAAAUCCCCCUUUCCAAUUCCAAAUGUCUUCUCCCUCCGAGCUCGUCCUCUACAACCUCGUCCCCGCCCAAACCCUAAACCCUCCCCUCGCCGCUGCGGCGCCGGAAGCGGCUCACCGCGGUCAGGUGCGCCGCUCCGUGGGCUCGUCCUCGUCCUCCGACCGCCACGCCAAGGUCGACGGCCGCGGCCGCCGCGUCCGCAUCCCGGCCAUGGUCGCCGCGCGCGUAUUCCAGCUCACCCGCGAGCUUGGCCACCGCACCGACGGCGAGACCAUCGAGUGGCUCCUCCGCCAGGCCGAGCCCUCCAUCAUCGCCGCCACCGGCACGGGGGUCACGCCCGAGGAGGCGCCGUCGGCCGCCGUCCCCGUCGGCCACUCCCCCGCCGCUGGGGGCCAAGGUGGUGCCUCCGCCCCGUACGUGCCGGUCCCGUACUACACCGCGCUCCUUAUGCAGCCGCCCCCCGCCGAGGAGCACCCCGUGCCCGCCGCCUCCGCCACCACCGCGGAGUAGAAUAACUAAUCUGGGCAGUAGAGAGUUCUAGAAGGGCGGCUACGAUUUAGGGGCCUAGAGUUAGUAAUUAGUCUUAGGGUUUCUUAUCUGUGCUCUGUAGUCUUGGUCUCCCCCUCCUCAAUAAUUAAUUUAUUAGCAUGGGUGAUGCCACGAAUUAUGUUCCUUAGAUUCAGAUUCGGGUAGAGAACGGAUUGAGACGAUGAUAACGGAAGAGGAAAAAAAAAAACAGCUUUUUGUAAGCUGUGGUUGAGUUCUCCUGAGUUAUGAACAGCAUCUGAGCUCUUGUGAAUUGUCUAGUGCUGCUGAUUUCUAUGUCAUGGUACUUGAUGUGCGUUAUAUCUAGA